AUGGUAUUGGAUAUGGCACUAAAAUCUAAAAUACUCAUUACGGACAUAAGUAAUCGUUAUUUAGACAAGAAUACAAAGGAAGAGAUACAAUUGUUUCUUAAUCAAAUGUGCAGUUGUGCGAUUGAAUUUACUGCUUGUGAUUUCUUCACUUUAAAUAAUCAUCUAAUCACAUCUGCAAUUGCUGCUGCCACGACAUAUCUCGUAAUAUUAUUACAAUUCAACUAGGCAAACUAUUUUUAAAUUUAAUUUAAAUUUGUCAAACAUUACAAUAAUACUUAAUAUAAUCA